AUGAGGACCAUCUGGGGAACCACAGAACACCUCAUCAGGAUUGGGUGGAAGCACUGGCGCUUGGGGAUCUGCAAGGCAGUGGUCCCCCUGCAGGCUGCCUGGGAAGCCUUCUCUCAGCCUGUUCCAGCCACCUGUAAUGAACUAUUGAUCCAGCUUCUCCUAUGUGUCUCCCUGGCCACUGUCGCCACAGGCCUGGUUCAUCACUGGUUGGUCUCUUCGCAGCUUUAUCCUCUGGGACCCCCUGCCUCAGUGACAGCUGUCUGUGGCCUCCUGGUCUUCCUGAGCCUGGGCCUGGUGCCCCCCAUUCGCUGCCUAUUUGCACUCAGCAUACCUACCCUGGGCUCCGAACACGGCCGCAGGUUGCUCCUGUCCUACAGUGCAGCCAACCUGGCUGUUGCUGUGGUGCCAAACAUGUUGGCCAAUGUGCGUGCAGCUGGGCAAGUGCUGAGCUGUGUCACUCAGGGCUCUCUGGAGAGUCUGCUUAACACCACAUACCAGCUGCAUCAGGCAGCCAGGGAACUGGGCCCAGCCAGCCAAGCAGCCAGCCGGAGCCUGGCAUUUGAGGCAGAGGGCAAUGGCUCAGCCUUCCGCCGUCACAUGCACACAGUCACUCAGCAGGUCCUGGAGGACUUCUCUGGCCUGGAGGUCCUAGCUAGGGCAGCACUGGGGACUCAGCGUGUGGUCACUGGACUGUUUAUGCUGGGUCUCCUGGGCGAGUCGGCCUGGUACCUCUAUCGCUACCUCACUGACCUGCGCUUCGACAAUAUCUAUGCGACUCGGCAGCUGGUUCAGCAGCUGGCCCAGGCUGGUGCCACACAUCUGCUGAUCUCUCCACCUCCCUGGCUGCUCCAAACAGCCCAGCCUAAGCUGUCGCAGGAGGAGUUGCUGAACUGCCUCCUAAGGCUGGGGCUACUGGCACUCCUCCUGGUAGCCACAGCUGUGAUGGUGGCCACAGACUAUGGAGCCUUCCUCCUGGCACAGGCAGCUGUGGCUUGGGCUCAGAAGCUGCCUACUGUGCCCAUCACACUCACGGUCAAGUAUGACGCCUCAUAUAAAGUCCUGGACUUCAUCCUCUUCGUCCUCAACCAGCCUCCAGUGGAGAGCGUGUUGGCCUCAACGCAGCACUCCUUCCAGUGGGAGCUGCACUUCACAUCACAGGACUGCCACCUGCCACAGGCUCAACAGCCUAGAGUCUCGGAAGCACUGGCCGCGGGCACCCUGCAGCUGCUAGCAGGUGCAACGUUGGUGCUCCAGGCCUACGCCUGGCGCCUGCGGCAUGCCAUCGCAGCCUCCUUCUUCCCGACCCAGGAGGCCAGGAGGCUUAGCCACUUGCAGGGCCGGCUCCAGAGAAGACACGACCGACAGGCCUACCUUGAGCACCUGGGGACCCAGGGAACCCGGCCGGGCCGGAGACAAAGGCUUUGCAGCCACAGGGACCUCAGUCACUUGGCCCUCUUCAGCCUCUGUGUGAUCUUGGGUAGGUCACUGCGCAUCUCGGAGCCUCGGUUUCUGUAUCUACAUGAUGGUGGAGCGUGGCAGCCGGGAUCUGCUUUCCAUGUGGGAUGUGCGUGA